GCCCUAUGAACCCAGUUUUAUUUCAUCAUUUCAUGUAGUUUAUGUGCAGUGUGAGUGUGUAACUACGUGGUAUUCUCCGGCAGCGUGCCCAACGGCGGCGCCACCCAUCCCGGCGGCCAACAGGAUACACAUUUAUCGUAAACUUAUUCGGAUUUUUUUUUUCAGCCUAUUCAACCUAAGAAUCUGUUCUUAUUGAAAAAAAAAUGAUGCGGAAAUUAAUACUCGGUUUUCGAUCCAAAUAUCUUCUCUUGUAUUCACCACUAUCACAAAAAUGUCAAUCCAAUCCCGACAAAUCACUUCUCUCAUUGAUCCCUUCUUCUUUCGCAUUCUCUCACGACAGGGCAUGUUCCUCAACUCCAAAGCAAGAAGCUAAAACCUCUGUUUUGAGCAACUACCUAAUAUCCACCUUAAAAUUCUCAAAAUCCCGAGCACUCACAGUCACCAACCAAUAUUCAUACAUCAAAUCUCUCGAAAAGCCAGAAAAAACGGUCCUUUUCUUUAAAGGCGUCGGGUUUUCCGAUGCACAAGUCAAGUAUAUAGCCAGUCAUAUGCCUAGUCUGCUCUUUGCUAGCGUGGAAAAAACCCUCAAGCCGAAGUUCGUCUUCUUGCAAGAACUGGGUCUAUCGGGACCUCGUAUAGGUGAUGUCAUCUCAAGAAACCCUAAUAUCUUAAACUACAGUUUGGACAGAUCACUGAAGCCGUCGGUUCUUCUGAUCAAGGAAGUCCUUACGAGCGACGGCAAAAACAGAAGUGAAGAACAAGUUAAAGAUGACUUGUGUCGGAUACUUAUGAGAUCCAAUAGAAUUUCCAGCAGCAAAUCGAAUUUGGAAGCGAAUAUUGAUUAUUUGAAGAGCUGUGGGGUUUGUGGGUCCCAGUUAUCCGUUACGUUACUUCAAAACCCUGGUCUUUUCGUUCUGCGUAAGGAGAAAAUCUUGCAGCUUGUUAAAAGAGCGUUGGAUAUGGAUUUUACGAUGGGUUCAAGAAUGUUGGUUUACGGUGUUCUUACUCUUAGCAGGUUGAGUGUCAAGACACUGAGUGGCAAAUUCGAGGUUUUUGGGGCUUUCGGAUUCUCCAAGGCGGAGAUUGUUUCAAUGUUUAGGAAGUCGCCUAUAGCUUUCCAUACCUCGAAAGAGAUGUUGAGAUCGAAACUCGAACUCUACUUGAGCACUCUCGGGAUUGAUAAAACGUUGCUCGUUCAGCACCCUGUGAUUUUGUCGUGCAGCGCCGAGAAAAGAGUUGUCCCGAGGUACAGAGUUGUGGAGAAGUUGAAGUCGCUGGGACUUUUGAGUAAGGGUUCGAGUUUUUACUCGGCAAUGUGCAUGUCGAACGAGAAUUUCUUGGACAAGUAUAUUUUACGGUUCGAAAAGGAGGCUGAAGAAUUGAUGUUGGCUUAUAACGGUCAACUCGUCAAUACUUCUGAAAAGAAAGAAGUAAGUUGAAUUAUUGGUGUUUCAGUUUAGAACAUGAUUAAAUUUUUGUUAGUGCAACCUCGUUUGAUUUAAUUUCAAGGUGGGGAUGCAAUUAUUUAUGGUUUACUUCGAUACAAGAGAGAAUGGACUUCGAAGUGAAGUACGGGGAUAAACGAAUUGAAUCGAGGUGAAUGCAUAAGCUUGUUCGAGUGAGAUUAAUCGAACACGAACUGAGUUUGAGUAGCUUGAUUUUCUACACAUAUUUAAUUAUUUUUUAGUUGAG